AUGGUGAACCUCCCAGACAGUUACAACACCCUUUCAAUCCCUCAGAUACGCCUCUCUCACCAUCCAGCAACUUCACCAACCCCUACCCCCGUGAUAAUUCUCACCCUUAACCGCCCAGCCGCCCGAAAUGCCUUCACAGACGAGAUGGCCCACUCCCUCGCCCGCGCAUACUCCCUACUCUCCGAGGACCCCCGCGUGAAAGUCAUAGUUCUUACAGGUUCCGACCCCGAGAAUAAGACAUUCUGCGUGGGUAUGGACCUCCACUCCCCCGUCUCCCUGCCAUCCACUCGCGACGCCCACCGCGACACUGGCGGCGUCGUCGCUUUAGCGAUGCACAACUGCUCCAAGCCCAUCAUCGCCGCCAUCAACGGCUCGGCCGUCGGUAUCGGUAUCACCAUGGCCCUGCCGGCGUCCAUCCGUAUCGUCUCCAAAUCGGCAAAGAUCGGCUUCGUCUUCGCGCGCAGGGGCUUCAACAUGGAGGCUUGUUCGUCGUUCUAUCUCCCCCGCCUCAUCGGGGCGGGCCCGGCGCUGCAUCUGGUCACCACCGGCGAGGUAUACCCCGCCGACAGCCCUCUGCUACGGAAUCUAUUUAGUGAGAUCGUCGAACCCAAUCAGGUUCUUCCGCGUGCCCUUGCGAUUGCCGAGGACGUUGCUGCGAACGCUAGCACGGUUGCUGUCAGGGUCAUGCGGGACAUGAUCCUCAGAACGCCCGAUUCUCCCGAGGAGGCGCACUUGCUGGAGAGCAAAAUAUUUUUCGAUUUGUUCAGAGGCAAGGACAGCAAAGAGGGGAUGGAUAGUUUCAUGCAGAAGCGGGCACCGAAAUUCCAAGCAACCAUGGAAGAGGACGCGCCAAGCGCGUACCCGUGGUGGAAGGAGAAAGAUUUAAAGGCCAAGAUGUAA